ACGUGCCUCUGCGUGUUGAUAAAUCGACAAAUAUUCUCGAAGUGUUGAAGUUGGUGACCCGUUCGAACCAUUUGCGUGUGGACUCUGAACCAAAUGCGAAAGUUCCCAGGGAGAGUGUGUAUGAUGCAGAAAUUUCCAUCAAAACCAGUCCAACAUGUCCGAGACCCGAUUGCAAGAAAGAAGUAGAGUCUACGGUUAAUAGCAUGUCCGGAAGUCAGAAUAUCAGCGAUUUGAUGGAUAUAUCACCAUCGCUAUUUAAGGACUCUCCUAUAUCUCCCAGAAAAAGCGUCAAUGAAGUUACGAAUCGAGAGAUUAUCAAUAGUUAUCUUGAUUUUGGAGGUGGGUUGUAUAAACGAUAUAAAGAGUAUAAAAAAGAUAAUGAUAAAGAAGCGUCCAAUGCUCUAGUUUUUAAUGACGUUUGA